AUGGAGCUGUCCCAUCAUGCAGCGCGGCUGGGUUCUCGGUGCUCCCACUGUGAUCAUUAUUUCCAGGGAGAGAGAGAGAGAGCACAGCAGCAGCAGCAACAACAGGAAAAAAACAGCAGCGCUAAUCCGCCGAUCGGAGGUGGCGGCGUAGUCAUGGUGCCGGACGAGCUGCCCCGGCCACAGCAGCAAUACACUAUUCCCGGUAUCCUGCACUACAUCCAGCACGAGUGGGCCCGGUUCGAGAUGGAGAGGGCACACUGGGAAGUGGAGAGGGCCGAGCUCCAGGCGAGGAUAGCGUUCCUGCAGGGCGAGAGAAAAGGCCAAGAGAACCUGAAGAACGACCUGGUUAGAAGAAUAAAAAUGUUGGAAUAUGCUUUGAAGCAGGAACGAGCAAAAUAUCACAAGUUAAAGUAUGGAACAGAGCUGAACCAAGGGGAGAUGAAGAUGCCGAGCUUCGACUCAGACACCAAAGAUUCUGAGGUCUCUGCUGUUCCUGCCAACAGUCAGCUCACCUGGAAACAAGGAAGACAACUACUCAGACAGUACCUGCAGGAAGUGGGCUACACAGACACCAUCCUGGACGUCCGCACUCAGAGGGUUCGCUCUCUGCUCGGUCUGUCGUCCUCCGAGCAGAACGGGUCUGUGGAGAGCAAAAACCUGCAGCACCUGAUCAAUGGGACGGAGCGCCGCAAGGACAACAAGAGGAGUCCAGGUGACGUUUUGGAGACAUUCAACUUCCUGGAGAACCCCGAGGACAGUGAUGAGGACGAGGAUGAGGAGGGCGACCUGAUGGAUGACAUCAGCACAGACAGACACCACCGAACCAAGAAACACAAGCCCAAGGUGGGGAACGAGGGCUUGGCGUCGGAGGACGAUGCUGACACAGAGGAGGCUCUGAAGGAGUUUGACUUUCUGGUGACGGCCGAGGACGGGGAGGGAGCGGGCGAAGCUCGGAGCUCUGGAGAUGGAACAGAGUGGGCUGAGCCUCUACCGUUUCGUACCGGUGGGGGGAAGUCCUUCCUGCUGGGGGGGUCGGAUGACGUGUUGGAGAGUGUGCUAGGACUGGGCGACCUCGCUGACCUCACCGUGGCCAAUGAUGAAACGGAUUACAACUACGAUCUUCCGUCCAAUAAGGAGUCUUCGUUCAGGAAGACAUGGAACCCCAAGUACACGCUGAGGAGCCACUUUGACGGCGUCCGAGCGCUGGCCUUCCACCCGGUCGAGCCCUGCCUGGUCACCGUGUCCGAGGACCACACCCUUAAACUGUGGAACCUCACCAAGACUGUCCCUGCCAAAAAAAGUGCCUCAUUUGAUGUGGAGCCCAUCUACACUUUCAGAGCCCAUGUCGGUCCAGUGUUAUCGCUGGCGAUGACCUCCAGUGGUGAGCAGUGUUUCAGUGGAGGUAUUGACUCGACUGUCCAGUGGUGGAACAUCCCCAGCUCUAAUGUCGACCCCUACGACACCUACGAUCCCAGUGUCCUGGCAGGGUCGUGGACGGGGCAUACGGACGCCGUGUGGGGAUUGGCUUACAGCGGCAUCAAAAACCGCCUCCUGUCCUGCUCGGCCGACGGAACGGUGAAGCUGUGGAACCCGACGGAGAAAAACCCCUGCAUCAGCACUUUCAACACAAACAAAGAGCAUGGCAUCCCCACAUCGGUGGACUUCAACGGUUGUGACCCCGCCCACAUGGUGGCGUCCUUUAACAGUGGAGACGUGGUGGUGUACGACCUGGAGACUUCCCAGCAUGCACUGGUGCUGAAGGGGCAGGGAGACAGCACCCUCCCAGGGUCAAAUCAUAUCAAUAGGGUGGUCAGUCAUCCCACGCUGCCGGUCACCAUCACCGCUCAUGAAGACCGACACAUCAAAUUCUAUGAUAACAAGUCAGGUAAAGUGAUCCAUGCCAUGGUGGCUCACCUGGACGCAGUGACCAGUCUGGCUGUGGAUCCAAACGGGAUCUACCUGAUGUCUGGCAGUCAUGACUGUUCCCUGCGUCUGUGGAACCUUGACAGUAAAACGUGCGUUCAGGAGAUCACGGCUCACCGCAAGAAGAGUGAGGAGGCCAUCUACGACGUGGCCUUCCACCCCUCCAAGGCUUACAUUGCCUCCGCCGGCGCCGACGCCCUCGCCAGGGUCUACGUCUAGAUGAGAAUGAGAAGAAGGAGAUGGCUGUGGGGCGAGAGACAGACACAGAGAGAGAGAGAGAGAGACAGGCCAGACUGUUCACACACAAACAGGAUUCAGGUCUGUUCAGGUCUCUGAACACAGAACACGUACUGAUGGAGGUGGGGGGGCGGAUGGUUCGCCCCGACGGACUGAAGAGACUGAGACGGUAGCGGGUCAACACGUAGCGGCUCAUCUGUCCUGUGACAUCAUCUCCCCCCUGUCUGAACAAAGCUCUGAUGACAUUACAUGGCCCCCACCCCCCAUGUUGACACUAGUGUAACCUCCAGAGCAGAGGGUGGAGUUAAAGGAAAAAUCCCCCGCCUCAGCUCAGUGAUGAUCUAGUUUGUGUCUGUGUCGGUGGCUCGGUAGGUCUUUCUUCUUACGGAAAGUAAACGUCAGGUUUGAGUGUCACCCCUUCACAGAACAUGAGCGCUGCCACGUUAGUGCCGCAGCAGCUGCUCCACAGUUACUGAUCAGUUCACCAGAUUGGUGUGGUGUCUUUGCUUUGGAAGUUCCCCUCAUCAUCUUAACCACAAGGUCCCAGACUGCCUGUUAAUGAACCCUCUAAAUAACGGACUCAUCGUCUUUUAUCAGGAACAAGUCCCGUUCGUCGCACUCGCCUCCUGUUGUUUUGCUGACAGAGCAGGGAUGUUGCUGAGGAUGUGCAGGUUGUCAGGUCCUCCACUCAUGACCGUUUAGACAAUCUUCUGUUUGCUUAGCUCCACUGACUGAACCUCGGAGCCUGCUGCAGUGAUGGAGACGUGCACUCCAGGCUGUGUCCGUACACUGUGAUGUUACCACCAUGAUCUCGGCAGAGAGGAGGAAACAAGGAACAAAUUCAGUGCAGAGAAGUCCGGAAACCUCACUCAGCAAAACACAGCAGGAUGCUGGGAAGAUGUUUAGCGACGAAGGCCACCGAGAUGUAACUGAGGGCAUUCUGGGAAAAGCAGCAGAAUAGGUUAACGCUGACUGAGGGGUAAACUCAGUAAAUGAAACGGUCUAAUUGCUGGAACAUCACCAACUGAGCGGAGGAACACGAGGGGGAUUUUUCCUUUAAGGUGGUUCAGCACAGGAACAGAACGUGAUGUUUUAACUCGCCCUGGUUUUUCUCUGUUUAACAACCAAAGCUUCAGUGAAAACACCUGUGAUCAGAUGAUAUCCUGUGUCUUAGGACAGAAAUGGAAUUGGAAAAACCAAAAGAGCUGCUGAACAAGUGUAGUUAAAAAUCUGAUCUUCUGUUUGUGUCUGUGCUGAGAUUUGAGCUGAUUGGAUGUAGACGAUUGGUUCAUACUCUCCCACCUCAGCCCCUGGUGGGCCAAUCAGAGCCCUGUGGUUAAACUCCACUGGCGUAACGAGCGAAGGAUUCAAACAUUAGCGUUAUUGUAAUAAAUCUAGUUUUUAUAAUCUUUUUAUAAAGGUCUCCACAUGAGGUCUCUGGCUACUCUUUGCUGUCCAGCCCUGCCAUCAUGAUGCUCACAGACCCCGCCCAUCUACUUGUCAUCAUUUCCUGUCACAUGAUGAGUUUCAGACCUUCGUCUGACAUGUGGACAGGAAGUCUGGUUCUUGUGUUCAGUUUCUGGAUCCUGACACAGACUUGAUGUAGAGAGGAGAAGAGAGAGGGAGCUGCAGAGGAGUGUUGAGACUCGGCCCAGGAGAAGGAGCAGUGUGCUCAUGCCCAUGUGGGGUGGAGGGUGGAGUCAGGAGCAAAACAGGGUUUGCACAUUUUCAUCAGUUGCCUCUGUCCUUUUAAUUAGGCGACACUGUCGAGUGCGAGCACAGGAGGAGCUGCUCAGAUGUUCUAGCUCUGCUGUCUUCAGUUUCAUGGUUUGGACUUUGUUUAAACCACUGACUGUAUAAAACAUGGACACCAUGACUGCUCCAAGAAGUCACUAUGACUCGAUCGCCCCCUGGUGGGUGGUUGCAGUACAGGUCGUAAACCCCGCCCCCUCUGUGUUGGUGGAUGGAACAUGAGGCAAACUAAAAUCUCAAAGUACAACUCAGAUAUGUUUUUCCUGAAGGUCACUUCUGUGGUGGAUAUUAUCACGCAGACGUGUCAACGAGUGGUCAUUUUUCUGGCAACUUUGUUUUUAACAAGUUAUUUGAUAUAAAAGAUGGGUGUAUUUCAUUUGAUUUGACGGGCCAGCUGAUAGGUCACUCUGCAACUCGACGCUACAGGGCAGAAUCUGGUUGCAAAAUGCCAAGAUGGCAGCCGCCGUGUUCUUGAUAUUUUGGUUUGGGUAGUGGAGGGAAGUGGUGACACGUUGUCCAUCUUUUAUGUACAGUCUAUGGUUUAAACACAUCCCUGCUCCCACUUUUUUAAUCUUUGGUUUUUACUUUAUGCAUGUAGCAAUGAAAAGACUGUUUUAAUCUUUCUAUUUAUAUUGAGACCCAUUACAGCAGAACUGUGAACUCUUAGAAGGUUUAGCAACAUUUUAUUUUGCCUGUCAGAUUUAUUUCCACAUAAUCUCCGAAGUUGUUUUAUUCUUAAACUAGCGCAGCUCCUACUCCGAGGUCAGCACCUGAACUGGUCCCAGUUUAAAGCUGCAGCUUCUGCUAAUAAACCAGUUUGGGUUUUCAGAGUGGUGCAGUGCUCCUGAACGCACCACCACACCUGUAAACAGGUGCCAAUGCCACAGGCUCGUACAGGAGCCUGGAGCGCCACCUGUGUGACUUGUCUUCUUCACUCCCUGCUCCUCCUCCUCGUCCUCAUAUCACUGUGUGACUCUUCACGUUGCUCACAUGUGACUUUUCACCACAGCAGUCGGCUUCUUUAUAUCACUGGACAUUUUUAGUCUCUGAGCUCCAGGAGAAACUGUUCAAUCAGAGGCUUCCUGGAACUGCCACCUGAUUGGCUCUGACACACGGGGAGUUAGAUUUUAUCUUUGUGGCUUGUUUGUUUUUAAUUUAAUUUUUUUAACAGAAGGGAUUUGUGACGCCAGCGGCUUCAGACUGAGCACGACUCCAAACGAGUCUCUCUCUCAUUUUCAUCCACGCUACAACUUACUGUGUAACUGAAGACUUUUUGUUUGUGUAAUGCAUGAUUACUACAGUUAAAGUAUUUUUUUCUAGUCUUCCAAAAAGGAUUUAAAAAGAAUCUGAUCAGUUUGCGAGUUUUGAUGAGUUUUGUAAGGUUUUUUUUUUGAUUGACAAACAAUUUUAAAGACUGUACCACAAAGCAGAAUACAACUGUUGAAAUGUAUAUAAAAUGUCUAUAACGAUUAAAUGGUGUACCUGUA